CUGAGCCGGCUGUUUACAAGGUCCAUCAAGGUCAGCAUUAUGACUGAUGGGGGGGACUAUGACUACCUGAUCAAGCUCCUGGCCCUGGGGGACUCCGGGGUUGGGAAGACGACCUUCCUGUACAGAUACACGGACAACAAGUUCAACCCUAAGUUCAUCACAACAGUUGGAAUCGACUUCCGGGAAAAACGUGUGGUGUACAAUAGCCGAGGGACUAAUGGAUCGCCCGGGAAGGCCUUUAAGGUUCAUCUGCAGCUCUGGGACACAGCUGGGCAAGAAAGAUUCCGAAGUCUCACGACAGCGUUUUUCAGAGAUGCCAUGGGCUUCUUGCUCAUGUUUGAUCUCACCAGUCAACAGAGCUUCCUAAAUGUCAGAAACUGGAUGAGUCAGCUACAAGCAAAUGCAUAUUGUGAGAAUCCAGAUAUAGUAUUAAUUGGAAAUAAAGCCGACCUAUCGGAUCAGAGAGAGGUCAGUGAAAGACAAGCGAAAGAUCUGGCAGACAAAUACGGUAUCCCCUACUUUGAAACGAGCGCGGCUACCGGACAAAACAUAGACAAGGCAGUGGAAACGCUCUUGGACUUGAUAAUGAAGCGCAUGGAGCAGUGCAUCGACAAGACUCAAGACUCAACAGCCAACGGGGGCAGUUCGGGAAAGCUGGAUUCGGCUAAAACGGAAGAGAAGAGAUGCGCCUGUUGAUUCGGUCC